AUGGGUUUCGAACUUUCAUCCAUGUCUCCUUAUGAUAAUCUAAUUUUCAGUCUGCUUGGUGGUAAUAUGAUGGCCGAAAGGGUUACAAUAUUGUUACUGUUUGUGUGUUGUUCUUCCAAGCUUUAUAUUGGAAUUGGAGCAUACGAAUUAUCGAAAGAAGAAGAUCUUGAAUUGGAGGAGCAACUCAAGCUUUUAAAUAAGCCAGCUAUCACAACUAUUGAGACAAUAUAUGGAGAAAAAUAUGAUUGUGUGGACUUUUAUAAACAACCCGCAUUCGAUCAUCCGGCAUUAAAGAAUCAUAAUUUCCAUCCUGAGAUGAUACCAAACUCAUAUCCUGAAGGGAGGAUGUACAAAAAUUCCUCAACAAAUAAUCGAUCAAAAAGUUUGUGGGUUAACGGUGAAGGAUGUCCUGUUGGUACUGUUCCUAUUAAGAAAACAACAAAAGAAGAUCUCAUCAAUGCCAAAUUGGCUUCAAAAAUAUAUGAUAAACAAUAUAACCCUCUCACACAGCAAGAACCAGGAACCCAUUAUGCUAUAUUACACACAAAUUAUGGUACCGGAAGGAAAUUUAAUGGAGGUGGAAUGGAAACAGCCACAUAUAACCCACGACCAGUCACUGGCUCUCAAUACAGCUCUUCUCAAGUAAAGAUUGUGAAUGGUCGAGAUAGUAUAGAAGUUGGAUGGACGGUGAAUCCUACUCUAUAUAAGGAUGAUCGUGUUAGACUUUUUAUUUACACAAAUGCAGGUGCAUCGCGUUGUUUCAAUACGCAUUGCCCUGGAUUUAUAAUCGUUCGAACAGAUGUGCCAAUCGAUCAGAUUCUUGAUCCAAUUUCUCAAAGGGGGAAAAAAUUAUACGGACAAACACUUCUAAUUUAUCGGGAUUCACCAAGUGGGAAUUGGUGGCUUGAGCUUGACCGAGCACAAACUAAAGUUGGAUUUUGGCCGAAAAGUAUUUUUACUGGGUUGACAGACUUAGCUACCUAUAUAGAAUGGGGAGGAAAAGUAUAUGGUCCUCACUUAGCUCCGAGUCCACCAAUGGGUACUGGGUUUAAGUUGGAAGUAAACUUAUUUUGGGAUGCUUUUUGCAGAUUGAUUGUUACUGUAAAUGAAACUUAUCAAAUUAUUGAUGCUACAGAGACAUCAACCUAUGCUGACAUCGAACAAUAUCAAGCAAUAGAUAUGGGCUUUUAUAAUCCUACUUAUCGUCAUUUAAUGUUAUAUGGGGGUCCUGGUGGGUAUAUUGGAAAAUAA